AAAAGUUAACCAAAAUUCUAAUAUUUUUGUAAGUUUGCAAAAAAAUUCUCAACUCAUCUAAGCCCAAGGGCCCAAAUAUCCAAAGCCCAAAUUUCAAAAAUUAUAUUUGAACAAAAACCUUGGCGCCAAAAAGAAGUAAAUCAAAAUCCCUACUCUGAAAUCCUCAGCGAAAGGGAGAGAAAUACAGAGGCGGAGAUGUCAACAACCAUCUUCUUCAUCGCCGUACAGUGCUGCCAAUGCUCCACCAUGCAGGUGAAGCAGAGGAGGAAGAACAGCAAGAGCAACAAAUGGACAUGCGUGGUCUGCAACCAGAAUCAAUCGAUCCGAAACGUGUUCGCUCAAGGUCCUAUGGCCAAAGACCUUCGCCUCUUCGUCCAGUCAUUCAACAUGUCCCGUCAAUUCUCGUCGGAUCUUACUACGCCAUUGGACCCACCGUCGCACUCUCCACCUCCGCCAGAGGAGGGUUGCAAGAGGCCACGGACCGAUUGGACCGAGUUUCUCGAUUUCGAUGAGGAAAUUGGUCCGAACGAAGGAGAAGAUCGAACUGGGUUUGAUGAUGAACCGGAGAUUGUUACGGAAUUGCCGAUGGGAUUUUUGAAGAAAGCAAAGUUGAAUAAUGAAAAAGAUGGUGACCAGUUGGAGAAUGGUGGAUUUUGGGAUAAGCUUGUCAGACCUGGUUUCUCCAAGAGAAAAAUCUCUCAAGACAAGGAGAAGCCAAUGAUGAAUCAUGACUUGAAAUCUGCCAUGGAAGAUACCUCAGAAUCUACUUAUAAAUCAAAAGAAUGUAACCAAAAGAGAAGAACAAAGGGAAAGGGAAGAGAGUCUUCUUCAAAAUGGAGUAGCUACUUAAUCGAAGAAGAUGACGUCCCGCCACAUUGCAGUACAAGAAAAAUGGAAGAGAGUUUAGUGGAUUUGGGGGAUAAUAUCUUUCAAACAUUGGCAAAUGAGGAAAUAGUAGAAGAUGAUGAGAUCCAUCCUGAUUUUCUUUUAACUUCUGUUUGAGCUUUUAGUUUUUUUUUUUUGUCUUUGUAUAGAACUCUUUCUUUAUCAAAAGCCACUUUGAUCACAAAAUAUUUCUAUAGACCAUUGGUAUUACCACUAUGAAGUGAACCUUUAUGAGUGAUUAAUAAUUUUCUUAAUAGUAUUAGAUGCUACUCGUGUAAACAUAACCAUUAUUAUUAAAACUAUAUUUUGCUAUAUGUAUGAGCAAAUGUGGUA